CCUCAUGCAGUCUGCCACUCCACUCGUGUCUCGUGCGUGUAAAAGUAUAGUACAAGUGCUAGUUAGGUUAGAAAAAACUUAAGAAACUGUUUUAUUUCAAAUAGUAAAUAAACUCAAAUCGUAUAAACAUGAAGGGUGACGCGGCGCCGUUUUAUGCCGAUGAUCAAACAUUGGUCAAACCAAAAUUAUGGUACGAAGAAUAUCAAAAAUCAGAAUUUCCAUACAAACAUGGCAAGAGCGACAUGGAAGUCAUAGAUUUGCACAAAGAAGCCAAGAAAUGUCUCGAUUCAGAAUCAACGGCCUAUCAUUUAAAGCAGUCAAAAUCUCGAGACUCAGAUUAUUCAUAUCUGAAAACUGCAUUGACCAAGGGUACAACACAGGACAAAGUGGCUGCAGGAAUUGUUCUUGUUCAGAACAGCCCCAAGCACAAUCUGACUCAACUCAACUCUUUAAUCGGUAAUGUAAAAGUGGCAAAGCAUAAUCAAUGUGCUAUUGUAAUUCGAGCACUGAAGGAUCUAUUUCUGAACGAUUUACUGCACCCUCACUACAAACUCCUGAAGUUUGAAGAACAAGAAUUGUCACUCAUCGAUACCUAUGAUAAAUCGUUUGAAGUUGAUAAAGAUGGAAACAUUACAAAUAGGCCACUUAUAUCUAAAAAUAAGUUACUGGCUUUAUGGCAUUUUGAAGAUCAAUUGAAAGAAGCUUAUGAAAAAUUCAUUGCUGCACUUCAAACUUUUGCCAAUGAUACUGUAGAUAAAAAUAGAGAGCAAGCAAUAUCUGUGAUGAGUGAAUUGUUGAUGGGUAACUCUGAGCAAAGAGAUAAGCUUUUGAGUAUAUUAAUCAACAAAGUUGGUGACCCAGGUAGCAAAGUUGCUUCAAAGGCAGUAUUUUGCCUUACAAAAUUGUGCCGUAAACUACCAGAUAUGAAAAUUGUAGUUCUCCAUGAAGUAGAAAAAUUAUUGUUCAGACCAAAUAUUGCACCUAGAGCUCAGUAUUUUGCUAUCUGUCUAUUAACUCAAUUUUUAUUGAAACCUGAAGAUAAGGAAGUAGCAACAAUCCUCAUUGAAGUAUAUUUUGCAUUCUUCAAAGCUUGUUUAAAAAAAGGCGAACCAGACAGUAGGAUGAUGGCUGCUAUAUUGUCUGGAGUUAACAGAGCAUAUCGUCACGCCGAUAAUAGUUCAGAAAAACUUAACGAGCACAUCAACUCUGUUUACAAAGUGGUUCACAUUGGUUCUUUCAAUGUGUCACUCAAUGCCCUGUGCUUGUUAUUCCAGGUCACUGGAAAAGAUCCUAAACUCUCUGGAAGAUUCUAUUCAGCUUUUUACAAAAAGCUUUUGGAUCCCGCCAUUGGAACAGCAGCCAAAAAAUCUGUAUUUUUAAAUUUGUUGUACAGAGUUAUGAGGAACGACGAAAGUAUACCACGAAUUCAAGCAUUCAUCAAGAGAAUUCUUCAAGUAUCCCUGCACUUUUCUGCAAAUAUGAUCUGUGCAAUUUUGUAUGUAAUUUCUCAAACAUUGAAGGCAAAAAAAUUGACGAAAAACUCGCUGUUCAAACUCAAAAAAACAGUGAAGAAAGAAAAUGAAAUAGUACUGGAUGAUACCGUUGAUAAGGACGAGGUGCAAGAGGUAGAUGACAACCAAGAGACGGAGGAAGCGGAGGAGUCCAUCAUGUUGUCGAACGUGAUCUGUGAACCCGUCGAAAAUAAAACCGACGAAGUCAAACCCGAGACCGAGGUGGAUGUCAAGCCGGAAAUGAGAGCUACUCAUUACGAUCCUAUGGCUCGUAAUCCACUGCAUUGCGGCGUCGAGUUCACCUUCUUCUGCGAGCUGCUCGCUUUGAAACAGCACUUCCAUCCCAGCGUUGCUUUGUUUGCCAAAACGAUUCUCGAAGGAAGCACAAUCAACUAUACCGGCGAUCCCCUCGAGGAUUUGACCCUCAUCCGAUUCCUCGAUCGUUACGUGUUCAAGAACCCGAAGAAACUCGAGGAGAAGAAGGUUUCGCGCAAAAACGAUCCGUUGGCCAUGCGCUCGGGCUACACGCCAACGGGCAUCCGGACUUUACCCGUGGGUUGUCCGGCUUAUCUGAACGAGCGCAACGAUCGCAUACCGGUGGACGAGCAAUAUCUGCAUAAAUACUUGAACGAACGCAAACAGUUCAAGGGACUCAAGAUGAAGAAGGAAGACGACGAAGAGAACGACGACGACGACGACAACAGCAGCGUCAACAGCGACGACUUCAACGCGAUGUUGGACGAGAUGGCCAGCAAAGGUAAAAAAUCCGACGAUCUCGACGACUUGGAUUUUGCCAGCGACUACAAACCGGCUCGCAAGGGUGCCAAGGGUAAAAACGACGAGAGCGAAGACGAGGACGACGACGACGAUGACGACGGAGGUGACUCCGAGGCUGAAGACGACGACGAUGUCGACGAGGACGACGAGUUAUUGUCCGGUGACAGUGAUAUGGAUGAGCUGUACGAUGGACAACAAGAGGCCUCGGACGAUGAAACUGAAGCUGGAGCUUUCAAGGGCAUGAAUCUGGAUGAUAUGGGCUCCGACGACGAGAUGGGAAGUUUGGAUGACUUGAAUCUGGAUGAGCUGGACGACGAUUUCAGCGACAUGGAAUUCAACGACGACGACGAGGAGGAGGUGGGAUCCGGCAAACGUAAGAAGCAGGGCAACAAAAAAGCCGCCAAGAAGAUGAAGGGAUCGGGAGACAGCGAGUUCGUCGACGCCGAGGAGUUCGCCGAGAUGCUGGAGCAGCAGGGCCAGAAGAAGUUCAAGUACGGGGCCAGCAGGUCGCUGAGCGACCGCGACGGCGCCAGCGCCGGCCAACUGGACUGGGAGACGGCGCGCAAUCAAAAGUUGCAGGGUUACGGGCGCAAAGGGCCGAGAAAGGGUGGUAAAAAGCCGGGCUUCAAGCCACAGCACCAGAAGGGCGGCGGCAAGCGACCGGGCAAAAGUGUAAAUAACAAGAAGAAAACGAAGAAUAAUAAGAAGUAAUUCUUUUUUGUAAUAAAAUAGUUGCCUUGUAAAUAUAUUAUUACUUUUUCUAUUGUUCAUACUAGUUGUGUAAGGUUUAUGAAAUGAUUAAUAAAUUUUGUUUAAAUUCAUAA